AUGAGCGCAUCAUUAUCCCGUGCCAAUAUCGGCGAACUUCUCGAGACCUCCACUCCAAUUUCAGCUGCGAAUCAAUCCAAUGUCAAUAUCAAGAGAUCCAUCGAAAUUUCCACUCCAAACACAUCCGCAAGCAAGAAUACUGGUUCAGGCUCAGGAACAAGUGCAGAAACAGGAGGAUAUCAGUCUGGAAUGAAGACGCUUGAGAAGAGCUUCCCCGGAAUUCUCGAUUACCUGCACACCAGCAAGGGAUCGCCACAGGCACUCACCAGACAGGGCCAGACCCUCCAGGCUAGAAAGCGAGCACGUACAUCAGUCGAGUCCGAUCUGAGCUUGAACAGCACCAGCACUCCUCCACCAAACGGCAAUGCAAAUGGCAAUGGAAAGAUAGUCAAGAAGCCAAAACUUGAUAAAGAUCCAGCAAGUGCAGCCAAGUCAAGCGCGACAGUCGAGUCCUCCGCUGCCGAGAAGGGUGAUCUCGUGAGAGGCUUCCGCGCUUUCUGCGUCAAGCCAGACUGCAAUGAGACAGUAACUGGGAAAACAUCCGUUCUCGACGCGGAGGUGAUCGAGUUCUUGCUCUGGUACGAUCGACAGUCUGCGGCCGUGACUUCGGGGACUGCGCAGUUGCAUGUUCUCAGCACCGCGUUAGCGAAGAGCCCUGAAGAUGACGAUAUCAAGCGCAAGCUCGAUGCCAUGCAGAAUCAGCUCAAGAGACUUCGUCUUAAGGGCGAGGUCCAUGGUCCAUGCAACUUGCUUCAGGCUGCUAAGUUGGUAAGAAAGCCAUACUGA